GGUGAAACAUCCAGUUGAUAAGUCGACGACCUUUCACCACUUUCUUUUUCUUUGGUGCUCGUUUUUUUGUGCUCGAAAAAUUCGUGCUCCGCUCGCUGGGAUAUACUCCCCAGAUGCCUUGGCCUGCAGUAUAAGUCUGGAUCAAAGUCGGGUGGCUUUGAGGAGAUCACCGCGUCGCCGCCAUGUCUUCGUUGCGCUGCUGCCAAGCUCUGUCCGCCUCCGAUUUCCUGGCCAGGAACCAAAUCUCCUCCGAGGCUCUUGGGGCGAGAUCGCUGCCACAGUCCUGCAAUGCCGCCGCCGCUAGGAGGAAGAUUUGCUGCUCGCAGCGGCCACAUUUUGCUGUAGAGACGAAAGUGGCAGCCGCAGAGAGGAUCAAGACAGGCUUCCAGAAGUUUAAAGCGGAGACAUACACGCAGAAUCCAGAGCUUUUCAACGAGCUGGCCAACGGACAAUCUCCCAAGUUCAUGGUGAUUGCUUGCUCUGACUCGAGAGUUUGUCCCACCACCGUUCUGGGGUUCCAGCCGGGAGAGGCUUUCGUUGUUCGCAACGUUGCUAACAUGGUGCCUCCUCCAGAACAGGCUGGUUAUCCUGGAACAAGUGCCGCUCUGGAGUACGCUGUCACGGCUCUCAAGGUCGAGAACAUACUGGUAAUUGGACACAGCAGAUGUGGAGGCAUCAAAGCCCUCAUGACUCAGAAAGAAAACGCAGCCAAGUGGAGUGCUUUCAUCGAAGACUGGAUCGAGAUCGGUCGCCCUGCCCGUGCAUCAACGCUCAAGUCCGAGCCGGAGGGGCAGAUCGACCACCAAUGCACGAAAUGCGAGAAGGAGUCCGUGAACGUCUCCCUAUCCAACCUUCUCGGCUUCCCGUUCGUCAAAGAGGCAGUAACCAGCGGCACAGUCGCUCUCCACGGAGGCUACUACAACUUUGUAGAUGGCGCGUUCGAGUACUGGACGUUUGGAGCUGAUGGAAAACCCGGCGAAAUCUCCAAGUUCUGAUCUUGCAAUCGAGAGUAUAUAAUCUUCCACAGAUCAAAUCGCCUCACCUCACCAGUGAGUGAAACUCCAGUUGUGGAAGAAACCAUAAGAAAAAAUGCCUCUGUCCAACUUUAUAGCUUACUUGGCGGGAUGGAAGGUUUUAGGGUUUAAA